AUAUUUUAAAAAAUUUUAUUUUUUUAUUUUUAAUAUUAUUAUUACAAACAUCAACCUUUGAAUUCAUUAUGAACGAAUCAAUUUAAAAUUAAUUUCAAACAUCAAUGACGAAAGAUUGUUUAUUUUUAUCAUGAUGACACAUCUUUAUGUCACUCGUCAUUUAUAAAUCAACGACCAACAUCAUCAUCAUCAUCAUCAAUCAAUCAAUCAAAUAAUAAAUAUUACUAAUCAAAAAAUUAUUUGAUUAUUAAAAUUAAAUAAAUAAAAGUAAAACAACAAUGCCAAGAGUUAAUUUACAAACUGGAUAAUUAAAAUAGAGGUGAUGAAGAUUGAUCAUUGAUCAUUUAAAAUAGACAAUAUAAAUAUCGACAUCAUGAUCAAUCAAUCGUCAGCCAAAAAAGUUUAAUAAGUAAUCGAUCUGUCAGCAUCGGAAAUCUUCGAUUUAUUACCUCGGCAAUUCUCGUCAUCUCCAAGAAAAUAAUCUAGUACAAUUAGCCACUAAGAAUACAAUCAUCAAGAACUUAAUGAUCUACUUAUUACUAGUGCUGAUUGGUUGUUCUUAUUUUAAUGAUGGGCUAAUACUUUGAUUAAAAAGACUACAAAAGAUUGAAACGAUCAGUUGCAUCUUGACAAUUAUCAUUUAUCAUCUGUGCGAGUUAAAAGUUCUUUCCAUUAUCAAUCAUUAUUUUUUUUCAAUAAAAUUAAUUAUAGAUUUAGAUCCUUUUAUAAAGCAAUUGAUUAAGUUUUUUCCUUGUGAAUUAGUUUAUUUUUUUUUCAAUUAUUUUGUGGAUUUAUUAAAUUUGUUUUUCACUUUUUGGAAUAAAUUAAUAAAUAAAUUCGGGAAAUAAUGUCGGGUGAUGUGCCAUUGUCACAUAUGCCACUUGAUACAAAAUGGAAACGUCAUCAGCCAUCAUCAGUUUAUGAAAAAAAUUAUAAAUAUGGAAUAAAUUAUUAUCAGCCAAUGAUUGAUUAUAUGGAUCAAAAAGAACGUAAUAUUGUUAAAAAUCCAAAAUUACCAGAAUUACCAUGGAAUGAUGGUGCAUUAAUAUGGGAAAGAAAAAGAAUACUUCCAUAUACAGCUGAUGAUCUUUUACGAUAUGCCAUGGAAGCUGAAGAUAAUGCUAAAGAUCAUAUAUCUAAUUUUAAGAUAGCAAAACGAUCGGACUUUAGUCUGAAAAAAGCUGUUGAAGCAACACACGUGACAAAAGAUAUUGUUCCAUCAAGUAAAGACACUCCAUCAUCAUCUUCAUCAUCAAAUAGACGUGCUAAAGAAAUUCCAAGUGACGUUACAAUGUCUGAUCUUUAUGUACAAUCAGUUAGAAAUAAUGAAAUGAUUAAAACAGUUAAACAAGCACUUGAUCAUGGUAGAAGUUUACGUGGUAAAUCAGCAAAAGCUAUUGAAUUUGAAUUAAAAACAGAAUCAAUGAGAAAUUUAUCAACGACAACUGAACUUGCUGAUAUUAGAAAAUAUCAAAGAGAAACAUUACAAACAUUAUGGGAUGAUAGAGAUCAUGAAAGAAUGAUGGAAGAUAGAACUCGUGCAAUUCAAGAUGAAGAAGCAAGAUUAACAGCACCACUUGAUGAUUUACACAAAGAAUUAAAAGAUCUUGAAAUAAGAUCAAGCACAUAUUUUGUCGACAAGAGGUAG